UUUUGGAAUAACAAUGACAGCAGCACAGUGCAGCAGAGGUGGAGCUCCUAUCCGCCCAAGGAGUUCGUACUAAACAUUUCUCCCUAUGCCCCAUAUGGAGAUCCUCGCCUCACGCUCAAGUGAGUCUUGGUCCAAGGCUGGUAAGCGACUUCCCCCCUGAGCAGGGCUGUAACGAGGCAGGGGCAGUGCCGCUCUCUCCCUUUUCCUUUUUGAUCCCUCUUUUCCUUUCCUCCUUUUCUCUGCUUCCCCUCUCCCCUCCUCACACCCUCCAAUUUUUGUAGCUGUGUAUUCGCCACCACUCGUCAAAUUGAACCACUGAAUGUAGACAUUAUAAUGCCUCACAGCUUAUUAAAUCCACAUAGUUUUGUAAUCUUGAUUAUGUUUCUGUUCCUCAGGACAAAAUUUCCUCAUGAGUAACUGGGGAUAUUUAGCCUGAGGCCUUUUUUAAAAGCACAUUCCAUAAAAGUCAGAGUAUUGCAUCAUGCAUAAACUGCCCAUUUAUAGACCUUUUUUGUUGUAUUAUGUAAUUUCCAUCAUCAAUAGUAGCAACAACAACAAUAACAUCCCAUCCAGUGUUAGCACACUCGAGGGCACAAAUGGUUACUAAUGAUUACUCAUAAUCUGCUUGGGAAAUGUUAGUGUAGGAAAUGCCAUACAUGCACAUUACGGCAUCCCGUGACAGUCAUUUGACUAUUACUGCCGCGACAAAGCAGCACAGCCCUGUAAUCCCCCCAGGCUAAUUUCUGCUGCUUCUGCUCACAUCUUGUCACCUUUAAAUGAGCACAGAGGCGCAUGUUCAGCUGCCCCCUUACUCCCUACAGCCCUGCCGCUCCUCACUAACUCCUGAACUCUAACCUCUCACCUCUCUCCCAUGGAGUGUCACCAUGGAGACGGACAACCCUCGUAGUUUUCCUCUCCAAAAGAGACGUGCUGUACUCUAACCCACCUUCUUUGUAAUCUGUGUAUCUCCCUGUCUUUGGCUUGUGUAAACUGAAAUUUGCUGGUUGUCGUUGUCGCUGCUGCUGUUGUUGUGGAGGGUUGACCGUUACACCGGGUAGCAAUGUGGUGCCAGUGUGUUCACUUGCAGUUCACAUCCAUCUGUGGCUUCUCUCCGAUCCCCAUCAGUGUAAUAUCUAAUGUGUUUUGCCCUAACAUUGAAUCACCUGAACUGCAUCUGUUGUUUAAAAUUUUUGGAGACAAGGUAACAGUGUUUUUUCCUGUUGCAAUGUAAGCAUUUUCUUCACCCACUAGGCACUUGAAUACAAUAAAGCAUUAGCGAGGUCAAACCUAUCUCCCUCCAGGCACUGGAGGGCUCUAAGCCUAGACAUCCUGCUACCAGGCACAUGUCUGAUAAACUGCUUAAUAACUGGCCAUCUUUACUGGACCAAGCCGUUGAAGACGGUGCGGUAAAUUGCCUGGAGAAAGGAGGCAGCAGUGUGCAUAUGAACUCAGUGGAUAUAUGGAUUACUGUCUGAAAACUCUGCUUUAAGAUGUUGGCUGCUGAUCUUGGAAUGCAAGCUUUAGACCCAGGUGAGGGGUUCAUUUUUCAAAAAGCCCUCAAGGUUGACAUUUACUGUUUGUAAAGAUCUUUUCCAGCAGUUCUUGCCUUCAAAAAAUAGACAAACUAUUUACAGCAGUAAUGGUAAAAUGAUCUGUUUUAUCAUUAGUGUGUAAAACCUAAAAUAAGGAAGCCACAGGACAACCUCCUGACUCCAACCAAUAAAACGCUGCCAAAGCCAACAGGUAGCUGGGGAAUCAUUUCCUGUUUGAGAUUCUCUUGAGAUCAGCAGCUUUCAAUCUCAGUAAUGACAGUGGGCCUCAUUUAUCAAACAGGUUAGUACCUUAGCUAUCCAUCUCAUGUUUAAGGAUUUAUUAGAUUUAAGGUUAAAAUACUAUAUUUGUUAUCCAUUUUGUGUUGGCAGCAGUCAACAGUUGUGAAAAUCAUACAAAGCCCAUUUUUCAAAUUUAUGCAGUCGAGUUUAUAUUCACUGUAUAUUACUCUCUAUAUUUUAUCUCUCUGAUAGCAUCGAUGAAAAAACAUCAAAUCUUAUGUGGCUGUAUGUCUUUUGAAAUCACUUUCACUUUCAGUGAGCCUAGUCAGAAACAGAAUUGAUUUCUGAAGGCUCUUCGGUCCUGUGAAUGCCCUUGAUGAUUCAUAAUCCCAUCCAUUUAUGUGUUCCUACUUUUAAUAAAGAGUAAGGACAUUCACCUUGUGCUCGGCUCAAUGAAUGAGCCUCGUGUCUCCUGUGUUGACCGUUGCUCCAGCAGUGUCAUCCAUGCUGUUGCUGUGAUUGAUGACUUAUCCGCAUGCACUGUCAGGUCAAUUGGUCAGAGUUAAAUGUGAAAGGUGACCUUCAAAGGGCGCACGAUGCAAGUUUAGCACCCCCAAUCCCACGUCUGCACACCAGACGUGGACGUCUGCGGUGCCUCAUAUUUUGUGUCUCCAGGAGCAGGAGAACAUGCAUAUUAAUGAAAUGUAGUCAUGUCACCAGAGGGCACUAAUGUUCUUUAUUUUUGAUCAUCGUCGCUUUCAGACUAGACAUGACAUUUUAAACCCAAACCUGUUUUGAGGCGAAAUCUGACUUGACAACUGCUCUAAACAUGAACGCUGAUUAGUUUCUGUACCUUGUGCCUGUUUUGGAGGCCAGUGUGAGAAAAAAGCCCUCAUAAUACUUUGUACUGUGUGAUGCAAGUGUUUCACUGCUUCCAAAUCACUGUUAGUGACUCUAAGUGGUGAUCAAAAGACAAGCCGAUGUUUAACAAGUGAAAUAUUACAUAUUAAGAUGCAAUAAUAGAGUAUAAUCAGUGUUUUGCAGGAACAUAUGCACCUUAAUUGUAAAAAAUUGAAUAUAAUUUUGGAUGGCUUCCCAAAUAAGUCAAUUAUUUGCUUAUGAGGGAUUCAAGUACAAGCCGUCCUCCCGUUGCUCUAAGCUGCUGCAAUGAAUUACCUUGUAUAGUAGCACAGCUCGACCCCCAAAUGCCUAAAUGAAAGAGAAAAUGAGAACUAAAUGACCACACUGUUGCCGCUAGCGAUGGUAGUAUUAGUCCUUCAGGCCCAAAGGAGUGACUUGUUGCCGGUUUUCCACCCUUCACAGGCUGCCUAUAAAUGCCUCACCUCCUCUUCCUCCUCCUCCUCCCUGCUCUACUCUCCCCCAUCCCUCUCUUUCUCCACACUGGACUCCAGACCUUUUUUUUUUCUUUUUUUCAUCUGCCUGCCUCUCACUUGGCCUGGAAAACCUGACCUGCCCCUUCCCACACUCUGCUGAUCUGUCUCACCUCCUUAGCCAUGUGAUUGCUCAAUCUAUUUUCCUGUGUGUGUGUUUGUGUGUUCGUGUGUGUCUUUCUCACACUCUUUGGUCUUUUUCUCUUCUGCCUGUCAUUAUCCUCCUUCUAUACCCUCUUGUCUGCUGUGGGAUCUCCGCACCCUGCCCCCCCUCUUUAGUGGGGCAGUGUCAGGGGGUCAGAAGGGGGCAGCAACUGGGCAUGGGGAUGCUGGGGGGGGCCCUUAUCGCAGUGACAGCGUGAAGAGCAUGGUGACAGAGGGAGUGAAGGCCGGGAGGUGGCAGACCGUCCAGGGCCACAUGCAGUCUGGAGGAUUGAGACCCAGCAAGUGAGUUCAGAACCGGGUCUUUGUGCAGCAGAAUCAACACCUCACAUCUAUGCACACGUUACAUGCUUUUACCCGAGCAGCAGCUAUGUUGAGAUGAGUGAAUCCGUUCUGAGGGGGGAACAGGGAGAGCCAGGUCGAGUUCAGCGGGGAGGAGAGUGCAGCUUGGGUGACAAGGUGAACGCGUGGGCACAGAUCGAGGUGUGAGCGCUGGGGAAAUGCAAACUCGCGUCAGGAGAAGCCAACAAUAGUCGCUCGAGCCGCAUCACACUGAUUCGAACCUUCAGCUGACACAGGCGGCCCAGCUGCACAGUACAGCUUCCUGUAUGACUCUGCAGGAGAAUAUGAUUUAUUUACUGCAGGAACCGCACCGCCUGCAAGUGUAGCUUAAAAAAAAAAACCAGCACAGAAAUAGUCUCGUUUUCACACUACCAGAAAUAAUGCGUCACAUGCUGUCAUCCCACCUUUUUAAUUUAGAUUUCGGCUGAAUAGCGAACGACAUAUUGGUUACUGACUGCGUGUGUCCCACAGCCGUGACGUGUGACAUCACUGAGCGUCUUUAGUCAGUGUGUUGUAAAUGAGGCAGUCAAUUUAUUGCUUCUUGUGAUUUUGGCACUUUCUUUUGGCACUUCAUGGCUGUGACUUCUUCCUCCACAACACAUUUACGCUCAUCACUACCUCACUCCUCAUUCCCUCCUUCUCUCCUCUUCUCAUCUUUCUUUUUGCCCCUGUCUAUAAUUGGAUUCUAUUUUCAGGCUGCUAUAAGUGUCUGUGUCUCUUGUGUUUGUGUCUCGCACCCCAUUUUCUGUCUCUCCUCCAUCGUCACCCUCUGCUCUUAUCGCUCCCAUCACUCUCUCCAUCUUUCUGUCUCUGUGUAAAGCCACUCCGUUUAUUCUCCUUUUUUUCUGUUUUACCCAAGGUUGUGGAAAGAAACCUCCCAUUGCCCUUUUCAUUCUUUUAUUUGUGACUGUUAAAUAUGUUGGAUAUCACACUGAAAGCCUUAUGCAAAAUUGUGUUAGCUGAAGUAAUGCAAAGUGGAGUAAACUGCACCUAACUGAUGUGAAUAGCUCUCACUGACCUAAUUCUGGUAGUCUGGGUUACACAGCGAUCAGAGAGGAGAGGAGGAUAUAUUUAGUUAGAAUAAGAAAAUGUAAAAAAAACGAUCUUGAUAGGUACUGUAGAGUCUACAAGAGACAGGAGUGAUGUAUGCAAGUAAGCAAGCGAUGACGUGCAACACACCUUUACGUAGCUGUGGCAUUUUAAGAGAUGCAAUGAGCCAAUUAAACAGCAUUUAUGAAGGGGAGGAGUGGAAAAUGAGCGGCUGACAGAGGGAGGGAGUCAUACUGUAGAACUUGGUUGGCUGUUGGGAUGUCUCUAGAGAUGCAGCACGUAUUUAAAAGACGAAAAAGACUUAGAGAGAAAGGAGGAGAGACUAUCAGAGAUGGAAAAAGUUGACUGACGAGUGGAGGAAAUGGGGAUCUCUCAUCAGAGCAAAAAACCCUCAGCAGCGAGGCCCGGAAGCUGCAAAGCUGCGACCCACACACCUCGACGCGGUCACAUGGCCCAGAGCCGCUCCACGCCCCUGCGGACAGUGCACAUCCGACCACUGCCACUGCGAAACACACCCUCAUGCAAACAGCACUCUCAAACCGCGCAGACACGCAAGGCGCACACGCAUCUGUCGCACAAGACCGGUUCCCAGUCGACACACUGCUGCCCGACGCCGCCCCAUGAGCAGCACACAGCACACAGCGAUCAUCACUCAGGCUGCACCUUCUACUGCUAUUUCUGCUACUGCUGUUACUGCUGCUGCCUCACAUUGCUCUCUUUCUCUCUCCUCCUCCUCCUGUCUCCACCUCCCAACACUCCUCCCUCUGCCUCUUCCUCCACUCUGUCCUCAAAUACCACCGUUCCUUCUCCUUCCUCCUCCUCCUCCUCCUCCUCCUCCUCCAUCCCACAAUCAUCAACUUUCUGUUUGGAUGAACUUUCCUGUAACUAUCCUCAACCUGACGUCAACCUGACUUCUGCUGUGCCUCCGUACUGCCCUGUGCCACCUUGUCUCAUCUCUGAUGAUUCUUUACCUUUCCUCUUCAUAUCUUCUCCUGACCUCACCACCUCUGACCAACUCAAAUCCUCUUGCCACGGUUCUUCUCCUACAUCCUCUUCUACCUCUGGCUCCUCUAACCCUCCUCAUCAUCCUGUUCUCUGCCGGCCGUGGCCUUCUUCACGCUCUCUUUCCUCCCUGCUCCUCUGCCCUCCCAGCUUUGGGGAUCCAGUCUUAUCCUAUGCCUCCACAUUGGAGCACAUUCCGUCGGGGCCGGCCCGGCCUCGGACGCUGCUGCGCCAGCAGAGUCUACAGCAGCCUCUCAUCCACCCGUCAGGCCCUGGUCUCUGCCAUCCCCCCACCACAUCCCAGAGCUUGGGACAAUUACACACAGCACCCGGACAGCCUGGGGGAGGCGGGGGUGCUGGGAGAGGAGAGGGAGGUGGCAGCAGUGGUGAGGGUGGGGGUUCAGGUACUCGAGGCGGUCCCCGGGGUGCACGGGGCAGCCCGGCAGGAGCAGGUACCUCUCGCUAUAGGGGAGGUGGAGCAGGAGGGCGCUCGCGUGCCAAUCCUGGCAGCUGGGAUUACAUGAUGGACCAGAUCCGGAAUCGGGGCCUUGACGUCAAAUCCUUCCUCGAAGGGAAGCUGGUGGUCCUGGCUUUGACCAUUGGUGUGGCAGAGCAAGAUGACUUUGCCAAUAUCCCUGACCUGCAGGAAACAGCGCAGGCAGCACCACCAGCCAAUCAGGAGCCCCCUCCUGAGAAGAGGGGCAACAAGCCAGCUAACAGCCCUAAGGGCCAACCCCCUGAUGCUGACGGCCACUCCUCCGUUACUGACCUGGCCAACUCUCUCACUGGAGACAUGGUGAUGCUGUCUCCAGGGUCGGAGGAUGACGAUGGUGAGGGGCCUAUCAGUGAAAAGCUGGGCCGGAUCCAGUUCAGCAUAGGCUACAGCUUCCAGAACACCACCCUCACCGUCAAAGUUCUCAGGGGCCAGGACCUCCCGGCCAAGGACUUCUCCGGAACAUCUGACCCAUUUGUCAAAAUCUACCUGCUGCCUGACAAGAAGCACAAGCUGGAGACCAAGGUCAAGAGGAAGAACCUCAACCCCCACUGGAACGAAACCUUCCUGUUUGAGGGCUUCCCUUAUGAAAAGGUGAGAGAGCGCACUCUCUACCUUCAGGUGUUGGACUACGACCGCUUCAGCAGGAAUGACCCCAUUGGAGAGGUGUCGAUCCCCCUUAAUAAGGUGGAACUGGGCCAGAUAAAGACCUUCUGGAAGGAGCUGAAGCCUUGCAGUGAUGGCAGUGGGAGACGAGGAGACCUGCUGGUGUCUCUCUGCUAUAAUCCCACUGCCAACACCAUCACUGUGAACAUCAUCAAAGCGCGCAAUCUCAAAGCCAUGGAUAUCGGGGGCACCUCAGAUCCAUAUGUGAAGGUGUGGCUGAUGCACAAGGACAAGCGUGUAGAGAAGAAAAAGACGGUGACGAUGAAGCGCUGUCUGAACCCCGUCUUCAACGAGUCCUUCCCCUUCGACGUGCCCGCCCAUGUUCUGAGGGAGACCACCAUCAUCAUCACCGUCAUGGACAAGGACAGGCUCAGCCGCAAUGAUGUUAUCGGCAAGAUCUACCUAUCGUGGAAGAGUGGACCAGCGGAAGUGAAGCACUGGAAAGACAUGCUCGCUCGGCCGCGUACUAACGUUGCCCAGUGGCACGCUCUCAAGGCCUGAUCGCACCGCCCAGCUUCCUCCAUCGCCCCUUCCCGUCUCCCGUUUUGUCCCCUCUCCUCCCUCCCUUCCUCCCACUCCCGUCCUUAUGCACAAGACUGACUUGCUGCCAGGCUGCGAAACACGGGUACAAUUAGCCAUCUGCUCUCUUAAACCUUUAAACUCUCUUCUGUUUUCUUUCAAAAUCUCAGUUUCUCUACGACUCUUCUCUUCUGCUCCCUCCCUCUCAUGCAGCGUGUCUUAAUUUUCGUCUCACCACUUCGCCAAUGGUUCCCCUGUUUCUGACUGUCUGUAUGUCUGUCUGUCCUUAUGCACUUUGCCUGUGGAGGUCUGAUAAUCAGUUUCUUUGUCGAUCCCUUAGUUCUGAACUGCACUGCAGCCCGUGACCCCAUUCAAGGUGCCAGUCCCGUGGGAUCACAGAGAAUCUUCAGUAAUGAUCUAAUCUCAUAUAAUCCUAUUGUAUGAAUAUUCCAGGUACAUGAUACUAUACAGUAUGUACUAUAUGUACAUAUACAUAUUAAUAUAUUAGGAGUAUAGAUUGGCAGAACUCCCCUUAUACACAUGACUAGUAUACAGUAUGUUAUACAUAGCCUGUCUGCCGUUUCCCAUCUCUUCCGUCUCUUCAUUUGUCGCCUCGUCCUUGUCAUCUGUCUCAAGUGUACUAUAUUCUCUCCCCCAUUUCAGUCCCUCGUCCUUUCUACUCGAAAGUGGUUUAAAGGUUCAGCUGAAGUUGUCGAAAGCAAUCAAUACUCGGUUUGUGAUGAAACCAGCUGAACUCAAGAAGGGAUUGCUGAUACUGGUGUCUCUUCUCUCCUUCUUUUUCUUCUCUAUGCUCUUCUAUCUCUCAUUUUUUCCAUUAUAGUUCCCUAUUUCUCUUCAUCUGGCACAAUAUUAGUGGAUUACUCCCCCCCCCCCCCCCCCCGCCCCCUUUUCUGGACCCCCUCCUUGUCGUCUGUGUGCUGUGGGUGCUGUGCUGUAGCUCCAACAAAAAUAGAGAUUUAAAAAAAAACACAAAAAAAAUUCAACUGAACUUUCUGAAACUGGGAAAGCGGGGACACGAUAAACUUAUGAAAUGGAUCGCUCUUGAUUUUUCCAGACAAAACAGCCCUGGCACGGAGAGAGAAAAAAGAAGAUGAAAAACAUAAAAACAACAACACGCAAACUAAUCCCCUCCAACCCUCGAGAUACUAUGAUGUCAUUUUUCACAGCAUCACCAACUGAGGAAACCAAUUUGAAAUGUUGUUUCGAUGUUAAGAUGAAAACAGAAGCAAAAACCUCAUUUUGUGCUGUACUUGCACAUGCAUUCGGUUGUGCGCGCACACUUCCCUCUGUUUAUUGAUGCUAUGAAUUCCUUGUGCUGCCCUGUGCUCUUGUUCUGCGCUGAUGGGGGUCAGUCUAGACCAGCUUGACUGUAAUGUGUGCCUGUAGAUGUAUGCGUGUGCGUCUGUGGGUGCGCCUGCAUGUCUGUGUGUGCGUUCAAAGCGGCAACACAACUCAAAACUCAACGGAAAUCUUCUUCUCUUUUCUCUUUCUCCUCUCGCGCUCUUCUUGCUCUUCUUACUGCCAUUGUUUCCCCAUCCUCUACUGCCCUGCCUUCUCAACGAGGGCACGGGGGAAGUUCUCUCUGCACUUUUUGAAAAUGUAAUAACAAUAAUAAAGAUGAUGAUAGUUUUGAUGAUGAUUGCAGUACUGGUGAAAAUCAAGGGAGGAGUGUCUGAAGGGGUGAGCGGCAAGUUGGGGAGAGGUGACGUCUGCUCCGUGAUUUCAGGGUUUGGAGAUGAAGUGGAGGACACAGAGGAUGCAGGGCUCUCAUCCUCCUCUUGGCUUUUUUUCCGCCCUCAGUAUACCUGGAUGUGUGUGUGCAAAUGUGUGUGUGUGUGCAUUUGUCAGCUGCCAGACUCCUGGUGGCAGACUGCUACUGUCUGAAAUGUCAGCCCAGGAUGGAGAUAUCAGGCUCGUCUUCUUGUCACAUGGAGGCCGGCCAGCACAGCAGCGCUAUUACACAGUGUGUCGAUCAACAAGGCUAUUCUGCGCUCUAACCAACCAGUCUGUACUAGUACUGCACGCUUCUGUGCGAGUCUGUGAUUCUGAACAAUCGGUACAGAUCUGGAAACAGUGAGACUGAUGUGCAUUUUUGGCUUCAACGGUGAAAGAAAAGGCAGAUAACAAAACCGUUCUCUGAGUUUUUGUUGCAGUUCACAGGAACUACGAACGACUGUGUAUCACAGACAAUGGGUGUGAUAUUAGAUGAUGGCCUGAUCUGCCACUGUGAGAUACUGUAGAAGCAGAUUAGACAUUAUCUCAUUGCUGAGUGCUUGAGAGCACCACAGAGUGUACUGGUAGCUGCCCCGCUUGUCAGGCGUAUUCAGCUCAGCUCGAUAUUUCAGUAACGUAAAUAAAACAGUCAUAAAGCAGCAAUGGGGAAACUGUCAGCCAUUAAGAGCUCCUCACACAGACAUCUGCUCUGUCUUACUAUAUGCUCUACUGUACCUGUCUGUGUUUUUACACUCUUAAAGCCCUGUGAAGUAUAAUCCUGUCAGCUGUUUAAUAUGUUUUUCCUCACUCCAGCGGCUUAGUUGUUAUUAUAUAAAUGAGAAUCCACCUUUCAAACAUCUCUCAGGUUAGACUUAGCAAGUAAAUGUAAUCAGUUGUUUGUUUUUUAGUGGAGGCAUCAGUGUUUGAUUGCAACAUUUGUAGUUCUUAUUAACUCUUGCCCCUUCAAAAUGCUUUUAUCACGCAGUAAUUUGAUACUAUCUUGUUUUGCUGUAUGCCAACAAUAACCUGAUAAGAUUGUGCAAUAGUAGAGUAAUCUGCAGCAGGUUCCUCCUCAUCUGGAGCGUCUGUAAGCCGGUCUGGGCAGCACACGGUGUUCUGAGUGUGUUCUGGACAGCGUGUUUUGUGUGAGCCUCGGUGCUGGCUGCUGUGAUGCGCUGAUCCAGUCCAGCACCCUUCAGAACAAUUGGCCAGGCGUGGAACAGGGCCCACUGUUUUGACAGCCACUGCCUGCAGUGUCACAGCACAUUACACUCCCAUUAGGCAGUCAGAAAGGAGCAAUAUCUGCUUCCUCGGACUCUGGGGGAGUCACCCUUUGCAAAGGUAACACUUGCUUCGAGUAGUAGGAAACGUGGGGCAUGCUCAUUAGUAACCUCGUACAUGAUGGGCAGCGAUAAAAGCUUGUCAGUCAAAAAAUGGAAAGUAAUCAGCGGGCGGUCGCUGCUGAAGCUGUGAAAACCACAUGUGCAGGCAAUGAGUCAACAUAAUACCUCUGCCAUUUCCUUUCACCGAGAUUCCAUGUUGCUCAAACAGUGAUAAAUUGUUAUGCUACAGGGGUUUGCAAAGCUUAGUCAUCACUGACCCUGUAAACUUGGGGAUAGGGUUUUAUUUUUAGUAACAUGAGGCACAGUUAUGUCACCGAUCCUGGAAGGUAGACUGGAGGCUGCAAGGCUACAGGGUUGAGCUUUUAAAACUUACAACCCUGAGUGCUUUUGAAUAUAGAUUACUUCUCAAAUGGAAGUCCAUUGCUUGACAUUUUCUAUUUCUAAAUGUUUUAAAUGUUGGCCAUUAAAUAAUUAUCCAGUGACACUUGAAUACACUGUUUGAGCAAAGGCUGAAGGUUGCAGAGCUGACUGCAGUCGUGAAAUGCUAGAAAAUACAACUAAGUAAUUUUAGUGUUUUACUUCAUUCUUUGGACUUUCACUGAAAAUUACAAUAACUGCAAAAACAACCAAUUCUUUCAAAAUCUCCUUUUCUAAUCUAAUUAAAACCCAAUACAUAGAUAACGAUUAAAGUGGAAGCCUUUUAUUAUGGCAAAAUCUGGAAGUUCACAUUUGACAAAAGUGAAAAAUACCAAAUACGGAAAGGUCUUAUGUGUCACAUUGUAUAUUAGUUAUACACACGUGUAUAUACAUAUACAUAUAUAUUCGAUUGUCUGAAAGUCACUAACAAACAUGAAAUGCCUUUGAAAUAGUGAGAACCCAACCAUAAAUACUUCAGGAGCAUGCCAUUAGUUUAAAAUCAUGUUUCAUGUUUGGGCUGCACAGCGGCGUAGUGGUUAGCACUUUCGCCUUGCAGCAAGAAGAUCCCGGGUUGGGCCUGGGAUCUUUCCGCAUGGAGUUUGCAUGUUCUCCCUGUGCAUGCGUGGGUUUUCUCCGGGUACUCCGGCUUCCUCCCACAGUCCAAAAAUAUGCUGAGGUUAAUUGAUUACUCUAAAUUGCCCGUAGGUGUGAAUGUGAGUGUGCUUGUUUGUCUGUAUAUGUAGCCCUGUGACAGACCGGCGACCUGUCCAGGGUGUCCCCUGCCUUCGCUCAAGUCAGCUGGGAUAGACUCCAGUGACCCUAAUGAGGAUAAAGCGGUGUAUAGAGGAUGGAUGGAUGGAUGUUUCAUGUUUCAUUGUCAUAAAGUUAGUAAAAACCCAUGAUAUAUAAAGAUGAUAAAACAAUAUUAAGUAUAAGAGAACUGGCUGCUUAUGAGCCCUAAAUACGCAAUGAUUAAUUCAACAAUAUAUCUUAAUUUACUCAGUUUUAAAUAAGCCAUUAUGCUCAAAGUGAUGAAUAGUUCACAAAGUUAACUUGAUGAAUGAAAUGACAGGAAAAGAAAAAUGUUCACUUGUGAUUGUAAUAAUGUCUGUAUGUUCAUAACUUAUUUAAUUUAGAAAAUCAUGUCUCACUGUGGUGUAUAAAUCAUCCAGAAGUUGCACAGUCCAUAAAAUAUCCAGGAGUCCCAAACAUUAUGUUCUCAUUGCCAGCAGUCAAACAGCCACGCUAUUAAAAUGGAUGGUAAGCUCAGAGCCAAACAGUAUAAAGGAGGAAGCAAUUUCCAAAUCCCAGUUUUAUUAUACUGCCACCUGUCUCACACCUCUAAACUUAUUGCGUUUUGUUGGCACCAAGACUAUCAGCACUGACCUUCAACAAUCCUGAGCUCAUCCACUCCAUGUGCUUGCUCUGCUUGUGUUCGGCCUCAGAUCUGGCUUUCAUCUUUACAAUCAUUCCCUGGUGGAGCCAACUGGUAGAUGCAGGUGCGUAAUUAAGUCGAGCUGUCAGACCCAGCCAAAACUGCCUGCAACUUUGCCACAGACUAAAACAAACUCUUAUGCAAAUUCUACUUUCCUUCCAUGUAGACUUAUUCCAAGCAGCACUCAGCUGGCAGAGGUGUGUAACAUCUACAUCUACUACUAGGGUAGGCAGGUUCUUUUGCCAUCACUGGGUAGAAAUUCUGCAAGAAGCCCUUGGAUUUUACAAGUGGUCUAAGAGGAAACCAGACUUCUGCACCUCCUCUUGGCUCUGAAGGCUUGAGGAAAUCUAGCCAGUGAUUUAGCCAUUCCCAGUGUUUUUUACAUGCAACAGUCUGACUCUGAAUCCUGAUUAAAGUCACACAUGAAUGCUGACUCUUAGCUUAACUGUCUUUGCAUGUUGGAAAUAUGUGCUUGUGUGGUUGAAAUUCUGGCUUUUUUGUUGGUCUGUCUCACACUUCUGUCUACCGCAGCUUUAAGUGCAAACAAGUUGUGUUUAUGGUCAACCUAAUGGCAAUGACGGCUUGUCAUUUGGCCUGCCACUUUGUUACAGACUAAAAUAUCUCAGCAUCUACUUUAUUACAGACAUUACUGGUCACUCAAGUAUAGUUUUGGUCUUAGUUAUAGAGUGAGAUAUUUUGACAGCUGUUUAUUUCCCCUUGGAAAUAGCAAACAGUUGAAAAUUUUGUUGGUUUUGCAUUUGUUGUGCUUUUUUUAUGACUAAUACCUGCAAAACUCAGCUGUACUUUGUGUUUAUUACGAACUACCAACUGUCAGCAUGCCAACGCUCUAAACUGCUCUUCGUUGCUCCCAGCAGCCAUUCUGACAUCCAACAGCAGGUAAACACGGGUGUUAGUAAUGAUAUUAAUGAAGGUUCUGUUCUGUUCUGUUUAGAGCCUUCAUUAGAGAGAUUAGUAACACCUGUGUUUACCUAAUAUUUAAUGUCAAAAUGACUGCUGCAAAAAGCUCUAUCUGCUUGGUAAGAUGUGACUUAUUGACCUGAUAAUACUGUCUCCAGGUCCAAGGCUCUACUGCGCUAACUGAGGUUGUCAUCUUUCAAUAUCUUGUGGUGCUGUGCUGUUUGAAUAAGUCCAGACUGACUAUUCAGUUGUCAUUUGACCCGUUCACAACCUUAACACUAUUCAUUUAUAUAUAUGCUUUAAGCUAAACCUUUUAAAAUUCCCUUUGCGUAUUACAGCCUCUAGGAGCACGGUGUCCUGGACACCAAAAUGUAAUACCUCAGAAAAGAUUAACUGAAUAUGACUGAACAGCUAGGAUUUGUUUCGAAUUCAGCUAGGAGUUAAUAGUUUUUCAGUAGCAACUCAGUCACAACAUCACAUCACCUAACUACUAACCUUGUGUCGUUGGUGAUGUCACCUCAGAUGUUCCUCUGAAUGCAAAUUCUGCCUUUUCCGAUAUCUUCGCCCCACCAUAUGACCCACAGGUGCUGUGACCCACUGACCGACCGUUAAUCUGCACUUUUAUUAAAAGGAAUUUAACUUUCAGUUUUCAUAUAGAUACUGCCAGUGCUUGGUUAUAUUAGUCUACCAGUACCUCUUGAGCUAGCCAUGGUUGCAUGGUUGCAGAAUAUAUUCUAACGAGGCUGUUAUAUUUAGUUUUUCAACUUAUCUUCAAAGUUACAGCACUCCUGUACAUUUUUGGUUGUUUUUUUUUUAGAAAUAUUGCAGCCGUAAUUUGACAAAUCUUAUUUAGACAUCAGCUAUCUAGCUAGGUUAUUGAUCAUUUCUAACCCACUCUGCCUGUAAAUCCUCUUUUUCAUGGAUGCCGGGACUACACCUUCACUAAAACUACCUAGGAGAACAUGCACAGUAGCGAUUUUAAGUUGAAAGAAUUUAGGCCCUUUUUAACCCUCAGUGAUGCCUCAUUGCUUGUUUGGGUUUUGAAGCAGCGUUUUGACCCAGAAACGACUUUAAAAAGCAAAACUGCCAUUUCCACUUCUUUUUUUUCACUCUGUGCAGCAGAUACAUGUCCAUUCACAAAUUUAGACAGUCAGAUAAACUUUAAUAUAGCCAUGGUAAACAUCGCUAUGCCUGCUAAACAUCAGCAUGUGUGCAUUGUCGCUGUGAGCAUGUUAGCAUGUUGAUGUUCGUAUUUACCUCCAAACCCCGCUGUGCCUACAUAGAUCCUCACAGAGCUGCUAGCAUGGCGGUAUUCUUGUCAUCAGCUCGGUUUAGCGAAGUAAACGAUUCACUGCUGGACUUCCAUCUUCUCUGAGAUGUUUAUUCUUGGGUGUGCGCCCCCAAAUUUAUCAUUGUCACCAGCAGCCUUCCCUUCUCUGUGUACUUUCUAAAUACCUUAAAGCUUUAUUGGCUGAAGGGUCACACCUGUUUGCCAAGGGAUUAGCAAGAUAUUCUUCUGAGCCUGCUGAUAUUGUUUGUCCUUGUCAUGCUCUCUUCCUCCUUUUCUUAUUCCUCGGUACUAGUUUGCCUUGAUGGAUAUUGCUUUCUUAAGAUGAGUGUCAAUGAGUCACUCUAUUGGAAAGGUGCCUGCUUUGCUGUAGUUUUUUUUUUUUUUGCAAUAUUAGAUUAAGGUGUUUUAUGUCUUGGAGAACUUUAGGUGUGUAUGUGUGUGUGGGUAAAAAUCGGGCUGUAGUAAUCUCAUCCUGGAGGGAGUGCGGCUGAUGUUUUAUUCUGCUGAAUCAUGUUAUGAUGGCUGAGUAAGCCCAGAAGCCUCCUGGGUCACCUUUGUCAUUUGUCCAGUCAGUAUCUGUGUGCGUCUCGCCCUGCGCAGACAGACCUCGCCUCCCCCAACUCACCCUUUCAAUUGUUUUAAGCAUCUGGUGAAAGCCAGUGUGACUUCUCCCAAUCAGGGUUCGAGUAAGCAUUAUUUGAAUAGUAACAAAAAGUGAAUAUGAAAAACAAUAAUGAGUAAUAAUAUCUUUUCUUUUUCCUUUUGGUUCACAUUUGACUGUUGGUCAGUGUGUAUGUAUGUGUGUGCUUGGUGUUCUUGUGUUGGGUUGCUUUCUUUACAAAACCGUGAGAAGAAAAUCCUUCUGUUUUUGAAAAACUUUAUGUAAAUAUUGUUGGUGAAAAAUUAACAUUUGUUGUACGCUGAGUUUUCAUUUGUCACUUGAAAUGAUGAAGAAAACAAUGAUAUUCAUGAAUAACAGUGGUGAUGUUGAUGAUGCCGAAGCUGAUUAUACCUGCCCUUCUUGAACAAGGGCUUUUGAUGUCCGCUGUAUUUUUGUUGGAGGCGUCGUGAGGUCAGGGCAAGAGAAACCAAGGGAAGGAGUGAUACCCGACACAUCCCAGGCCCACUGUAGCAGCACUGCCACAUACCUUUCCCCGCCUGCCCCCACACACACCUCCAGGAGAUUGACUGUGCGAUAUGUGGCACAAACUGUAGCUUGUGUUAUUCAUGCCAUGAAACAUUGUUGUGUUUUUGUUACAAGCGUCGGGAACAGAGCGCUCCCCGGCUGUGCGAGAGGACCGUUCAGCUCCCUGUGGAGUCACUCUGCCCCGGUCGCUUGGCAUCACAUCUCGCCCUGUCUGCUUAUAGGCUUGGGGAUUUACUGUAAUGCCAUUGUGUUAGACGGGAUUGGCCCUGUACUGACACUGAUGAUGCCUUCCUCAUUGAAUUUGGAGUCAUUAUUGCUCUGCUGGAGGCCAUACAUGGGGAUGGGCAUGUAUGGAGGCCAGAGUGGAUUCCGAGUAGAAGGACGUGAAGCAUCCAUCUGACCCUGUGAAGACAACUUGCAUGCUUGUUAUUCAGCCUCUUAUUUAGGGUGUUUUGAUCAAGCACAACUGACUGACAUGAACUUGCCAUGUAAUAGGCUUAUCUUUUGCUUUGUCAGAUAUUUGAAAGAAUUCUCAAACUCCAAUUAAAAAAAAGCCCAGGAUUAGAGUAAACAAGUGUUUUAAUCAUAAAAAAAUAGAAAAGAGAUCUUUCCAGAUGUCUAAAAUGUGACAUUUACUCAGCCCACUGCUUCAUCCAAAAAACAGCAAAGGCACCGGGCUGUAGUCCAGUUAUAUCACUGCAGGUGUCAGUACACCCACUUGCACAUUUUCCAUAUGCCAUAGCCUUAUGUGUCGGCCUGGGCCUGUGUACAGUGCAGGGAUGGAGCUUAUCAGUUUCACAUUACUUUUGGGAGCGUCUCUGCCACAGACAUAAUACGGUACAGCAGAUACUCCCAGCAGCCGUCAGCAGGAAGGACAGCGGAUACAGUCCUGCCUUCACUCGUAAUGCCAUCCUUUAGACGGAGUCCCACGGGGAGUCAGAAAGUCCACAAGCUCGCUAAAAAUAAAUUCUGACCAGUUUCCCUAAAUCCAGAUCCUUCGGUGUGCUUUUCCCUUCCCCCCCCGCUGGUUGUAAAUAGACUUUGUGAAGCGGUUAGAGCAGCCUCUAACUCCUGCCAUAAUGCGGACAUUUUUAAUCAGGUAGGUAAUAAGCAAUACACUCAACUGAUCUAACGCCAUACUCUGAAAUGUUACUUACCAAGUGUGAUGGGGACUUGUGAUGGGAUGUGGAGGGUAACACUCCUCUUUCUUCACCUCCUUUCUCGACUUGCCGUGGCCCACCUCUUCAACAAAGAGUGCUCUAACUUAAAACACACAAUUGUGAUGUGUACAAUCUAAUUUAAUGUAUUUAUUUAUGUAUUUUUGCCAACUUUGUAUAGUGUAUAAAUAUCUAUAAAUAUAUGAAAAAUGACAGUACUGUAUAGAUUUUAGCUGCCUGGUAAGGUUAAUAGUAUAUACUUGGUAGACUAAAAGAAAAAGCGUAGAGCUGUUCAAAAGCCAGUUAUUGAGAAAAUGCUUUCUGUAAAACCCGGUGCCACUGGCUCUUUUUAUAUUCUCGGUUCUGUUUCUGGUUUAUUUUUUUAUCAUAGCCAGUGGGAACCAAAAGUGUGCGUUGUUCCUUCUUUUUCGUCCGUUCGUUUGUUAAUCGGUUCGUUUGUUGUUUUUUCUUGACAAGACACAGCGAGGUUCUGGCAGCCAGGAGAGUGCAGUGGAACGCAGACUGGGACCCUGUGUAGUAGUGUGUGUGUGUGUGUGUGUGUUAGGUGUGUGUCCGUCCAUGGUAGUGCUAGUGCUCUCUGUGCAGUGCCUCCCUCCUCCCUUCUCUCUCUCUCUGAUGUAGUCUGUCAUGUGACGCAGAGUGUGUUAAGGUGCAGGAUGACUGUGUUUGCUAAAGCUGACAGAUGCCCUCUCUCCCUCUCUUUCUUUUUGUAUCCAUGUGUCUCCUCAUGUCCACCCUGUUUCCUCAUUACAACGCUUCAUUUUAAUCCUCCACUAAGUAUAGAUUUCCACUUCCUCUGCUCGAUUGUUCAUUUGCUCUCCCAUUCAGCUGGUAAUGCGUACGCCACCAGAGUCUAAUUUCACAGCAAUCCAUGCUUCCUCAUCUGUCUGUGAUUCUUCGUCCAUUAGCGUCUCUCAUCCGUCACCCUCCACAUUACGGAGGAUCACCUUGUUUUUUUUUUUUCUUUUCUUCUACAGAGCUCUGUGGACCAGAGAAUGAUUUAGCAUAACAACAACAAAAAAAAAGAGGGGAUGCAUGCGACUCAUCCCGGGUCAUGUUUGAUUUGUUUUCUUUACGGUGUUUGCCUUCUCUUAAUGCUCGCUCCGAGGAGAAGGGUAGCUGUCAGCUCAGCACACAGAAUCACAAAGCAGCCAUAUUCAAAAAGUCAAGCACAGACGUGUGACUCAAAUCUAUGCUGUGGUGGCUUCGCUGCUGCCGCGUUUGUAGCAAGCGCAAGAGAAUAGCCUUAAAGAUUGGACCGCCUACACGAAAAAGUAGUGGGAUAUGUGCAUUUGUAGUGGACUAUUACCUUCCCUUUCCCACACCAGAUUUAUUACUCAGUAUUCCAAUGUGUUGCUUGGUUGCUCUGUACAUAUCUGUGUAGUACUUCUGUUGAUGUCCCUGUAUUAGUAUAGUAAUGGGUUCUUACUGGGCGGCCUCCGCAGACGUCCUCUCCCUCCUGUCCUUGUCUCAUUUCCUCAGAAACUUCAAACAUUCCAUCUAAACCUCUAGCGAGCAGCAUUUUAAAGAUGAUUAGAUCUCACGUAGGCUGGGAGUAAAACGGCAGAGGGGCUGAGCUGCAGGCGUCUCCACUGGAGCCAUGAUAAUAACCAAGACGCCUCGUUCACGUCCCUCUGAGAACCGCAGACUCACAAAUGGCAGCACAUCUGGCUUUAAGACCCUCACACACAACCCUCUGGCCCUCCAAACCCACCUCCACGCCGACCUCGCCCGGCUCGGACGGGUCAGUGGGUCACCGACUGGUUUGAGGAUCCGCUGACUUCACCGAGGAGGAUGAGAAGGGCGAGGCAGGGGAGGAGGUGGGAGAGCCCUGGGAGGCAGCGGAGAGACGUGUCCCUGUGGUCACAUCCUGGGUCAGGAGGGAAGGGAGUGAGGGCGUCUCCAGGUCACGCCCAGUAGCACUUUGGUUUUGCGUUCCAUGUUUUUUUUAGCCUCUCCUGUUUUUUGGCCGAGCGGACUGUGAUCUUACUAGUUGAUUUUCUCGUUCUCCUCCACCCAUCAGUGUUACAAAGUGUGUUGGGUGGACGGAGCCUUGGAGCUGAGCUCUGAUUUUGUUCCAUAUUAAAGAAUCAUUUUUACUA